AUGAAGAGAAACAACAUCCACCACCACGACGACGAAGAGCCACAGAUCGAUGAAGAUGAUCAUCAAGUCAUGAAUCAGAACAACCAUGGCGAAGAAGAGGAAGACGUUAACGAUAAUCACUACGACUAUGACGAUGGCUUCUUGACUGAUGGCGGCGAUGAUGAUGAAGACGAACCAAUGCAACAUAGUGAUGAAGAUCAUGAAGAUGAUUUCAAUCUCCACGAAGACGACUAUCAGCUUCUCCAGGAAAACGAAAAAAACCUCCAGAAGAAGUUUAAACGUCUAAAGAAAAAGUCUGACGAUGAUUAUGAUGAACUGAAUGACUUCAUUGUUGAUGAAGAUGAUGGAGUGAGGAACGUUAUUAUCAAGAAGAGGAAAUACAUGCAAGGAUCUGAUUCGAAAGCUUUUCACGAUGUAUUUGGUGAUCCUGAAGAGAUGUUGAAACUCCGUGAAAAAGAUUUGGCCUCUAGGAUUGAGGAUGAAGUGGAACCACCUCUUCUCUCUGAGAGAGAUGUUCAAAUCCGGAAGCUUGAUGUUCCCGAGAGGAUUCAGUUAUUUGAAGAAGCCACUGAAAUAGAUGAAAUCAACAUUGAGGAAGAGAGCAAUUGGAUUCAUGCUCAACUAGUUCAUGAAGAAGCUGUUCCGGAGAAGGACGACAUUUCGAGAUUCUUGGAGCUAUAUCACGUUCACAAGUUAGAUAUACCUUUUAUAGCUAUGUACCGGAAAGAGCAAUGCCGGAGUUUAUUAGAUGAUGAUGAUGAUAAUCCUGAGACCACCAAGUGGCAUAAGGUUUUGUGGAUGAUUCAUGAUUUGGAUAGAAAGUGGCUUCUUCUUCGGAAAAGGAAAACGUCUCUCCUUGGUUACUUUAAAAAACAAACUAGUCUUCUGCAUCAUCAGAAUGUUUUUGAGUCGGCUAUCAAGUCUCUUGAAGCUGCGGAAACAGAGAGGGAAGUCGAUGAUGUAGACUCCAAGUUCAGUUUAUGUUUUCCUGUUGGUGAAGGGCAGUACAAGAGGCCUAACAGGACAUCACAGUACAGCGUCUGCGUCAAAUCCGGCCUCCGAGAAGUUGUGAGCAAGUUCGGGUACAGCGCGGAGAAACUGGGGCGAGCGUUGUCUCUAGAAGAAAUACUUGUUGAUGAGAUGGAAGAUGCAAAGGAAACACCAGAGGAGACGGCGUUGAGCUAUGUGUGUGCGAUGUUUGGAGACUCUCAAGCUGUUCUUAAAGGCGCACGGCAUAUGGCUGCGGUUGAGAUCAGUUGCGAUCCACUGAUAAAAAAGUAUGUCCGGACGAUUUAUAUGGAGAACGCAGUAGUCUCGACAAGGCCAACACAAGAUGGGAAUGUAGUGAUGGAUAAUUCUUACCAUCGGUUUUCUGGUGUUAAGUGGUUGCGGGAAAAGCCACUAAACAAGUUUGAAGGUGUUACACAAUGGCUUCUCAUUCAGAAGGCAGAAGAGGAGAAGCUUCUUCAAGUGAUCUUCAAGCUGCCCGAGAGUUGCAUGAAUAGGCUAAUCAGAGAUUUCAGUGAACACUAUCUUAGUAAUGGUGUAAGUAAGUAUGCUCAGCUCUGGAAUGAGCAGAGGAGAUUGAUACUUGAGGACGCCGUUCAUGGCUUUCUUUUGCCAGCAAUGGAGAAAGAAGCAAGACUGUUUCUAACUAGUAGAGCAAAGUCCCUGCUGCUUUCGGAUUAUGGACAGGUUCUAUGGAACAAAGCGUCUUCAGGACCAUACCGAAAGGAAGACGAUGAUGUCCCGAGGGUCCUAGCGUGUUGUUGGGGACCUGGAAACCCACAAACUACCUUUGCGAUGCUUGAUGCAUCAGGAGAACUGCUUGAUGUGCUUUACACACGAUACAUCGGGUCGCGAGAUGAAGAGGAUAGGAAACGUAAGAAGGACGACUACCGUGGUCUUUCGAAGUUUAUAAAGGAGCACCAACCUGAUGUUGUGGCUCUAGGAGCUGUGAAUAUGAGCUGUGUUCGUUUAAAAGACGAUAUUUAUGAAGUUAUAUUCGAAAUAAUGGAGGAAAUGUUGGAGGGAAUGUUGACGUUUGAUUUGCCUCUUGUUUACGCAGACGAAUCUCUCCCCAGGCAGUACGAAAACUCCGGGAUAUCAAGUGAACAGCUUCCUGGACAGCCAGGGAUUGUGAGACGUGCAGUGGCUAUUGGUCGGUAUCUACAGAAUCCAUUAGCUAUGAUUGCGACCCUAUGCGGUCCAGGUAAAGAAGUCCUGUCUUGGAAACUUCAUUCUUUGCAAGAUCUUCUUGAGCCAGACGAGAGGUAUAAGAUGGUUGAACAGGUUAUGGUUGAUGUAACGAAUCAAGUUGGAAUAAACGUUAAUUUUUCCGCGAGACAUGAGUGGAGUUUUUCUCCUUUACAGUUUGUUUCCGGACUUGGACCUAGGAAAGCUUCGUUGUUGCAGAGAUCUCUUGUUAGAGCUGGUUCGGUUUUUUCCCGCAAGGAGCUGAUGAUAAAUCAUGGGCUUGGUGAAAAGGUGUUUACUAACGCUGCUGGUUUCUUGAGGAUCUCUAGAACCGAGCUGGCUUGUAAUAGCAACCGAGACAUGGAUCUUUUGGAUGAUACUAGAAUACAUCCUGAAUCAUACAGACUUGCGCAAGAGUUGGAGAAAGAUGUUUAUGAUCAAGAUCCUGAUCUAUCGGCUUCUUUGAGAAGAAUCGAUAUUGAUGAGUAUUUGAGAUGCAAGAAACAGGAGAAUAAGAAGGAAACUUAUGUUGAUAUCACGAGAGAGUUAACCUGUGGUUUUCAGGAUUACCGGAGUCGGUUUAAAGAAAUAAGUCAAGAUGAAGAGUUUAAUAUGAUCUCUGGAGAAACAAUAGGAGAAGGGAGAAUUGUGGAAGCCACUGUUAAGAGAGUAACUAGUGGAAAAGCCAUAUGUGUUUUAGAUUGUGGAUUAAAGGGGAUACUAAUGAAGGAAGAUUACUCAGACGAUGAUGGAAAAGAUAUAUUGGAUUUGUCUAACAAGCUGUGUGAAGGCGAUGUCCUUACUUGCAAGAUACGUGGGGUUCAGAAAAACAGGUAUUUUGUGUUCCUUAGCUGCAAAGAAAGUGAAAUGAAACUCAAGAGGAAUGUCGGGGAAGUGGAUGAUUAUUAUUACCACGAGUAUGAGGAUCAAAAUAGUGUCGUGUCCGAGAAAAAGAAAACUGUUAAAGCGAAGAAUCAGUUUAAGCAUAGGAUGAUUGUUCAUCCUCGGUUUCAGAACAUCACUGCUGAAGAAGCAAGAGUGUAUUUAUCUGAUAAGAAUAAUGGAGAAAGCAUUAUUCGUCCAAGCUCGCGAGGGUGCAAUUAUCUGACUUUGAUGAUCAAGAUUUUCGAUAAUGUGUAUGUUCACAAGGAGAUCUUCGAAGGUGAGAAGGAGAAAGUGAGCUUACAAAGUAUUGGAAAAACACUGAAAAUUGGAGACGAAACCUUCGAGGAUAUCGAUGAGGUAAUGUAUCGGUACGUUGAUCCUUUUGUAGUUCAUCUCAUGACAAUGCUUAGCUACCGGAAGUUCCGGAAUGGGACAAAGUCGGAAAUAGAUAGUCUUCUUCGGUCUGAGAAGGAGCAAACUCCGACAAUGGUAGUUUACUGUUUUGGGGUAUCACUUGAGUAUCCAGGCAGCUUUGUAUUGUCUUACGUACGGUCCGCGAAUCCCCACCAUGAGUAUAUUGGUUUAUCUCCCAAAGGAUUCAAGUUCAGGAAAAGGAUGUUUGGCGAUGUUGACAAGCUUGUAUCUUAUUUCAAGAGGCAUAUUAAAGCUGAUCCAGAGCUUUACUAAUCAGUGGUAUCACAUUAGAUUGUUCUUGAGGUUAUUGGCUCUGUGUUGACGUCCGGUUCAAGCACAAGGACUAUUUUAUGUUACUUUCACCUCUAUAUCAGUAACUUUUUGUUGACUAUUUGCAUUCCGACAAUAAGUGAAGGUUAUCAUUCUUCAUCAUUCGUCUCGAGUCUGGAUCAGCUCUGAAAUAGUCACCAUCAACAAUGAUUUCGUUUUUUUUAAAUAAUUUUCUUCUUCUUUUUUUUCCAGAAAAUU